AUGACGGAAAAUGCGGAAGUUCUCGCAACUGUUACCAAUAGGCCAAUGAAGGAAAUUAUUUCGGAAACUGCAAGAGAUACGGAAUGGUCAAGUGAUGUUGAGAUUAUAUCAAUGUGCUCAUUGUUGCGUUGUGAUGUAAGUUAUAUUGAUUUUGAAAAUCUCUCCAUACAAAGUUUUUUCGGGUUUUAUCCAGAAUUUUGCUUUGCAAUUCCCGAAAUUCCACACAAACUCCAUUUUUACAGAUUUACACGUAUCUCAAAAAAUCAUGGGUUAGAUAUCAACCAAAAAUCGAUUGUGGAAAACGAAAAGGAUCAUUAUAUUUGAGUAAUAAAAAAGAAGUUCAUUAUGAGCCAGUUAUUUCAAUUCAAAGAGCAACAAGAGGAACGAAAAGAAAAAGUCCAGAAUAUGAUGGAAACAAUGAUAAAGAUGAUAAUGAUGAAAUGCCAAGUCGACAAAUGUAUAGUAGAAAUUGUAAAACUGGAAAAACAUAUACAGAAAAUAAGGAGGAAGAUAUUGGAAAAAAAGAGGAGACAAAGAAGACGAAGAAGCAGAAUAGGGAUUUGAGUGAAGAAGUUGAUUUGGUUCGUGCUGAUGUAUAUCCAGUAUAUAUUUUAUCUUCAGUUGUUUGUCAUCAAGGAUUGUCAUUGAAUAGUGGUUGGUUGAAUUUUGGGGGGGGGAAAUUGAAUUUUUCGGAUUUUAGGAGACUUUUUAUUGUCAGAAAAAAUUGAAAAAAAAAUACUUUUUCAAUAAAAAUUGAUGUUCAGAAUAUUGGAAUUGUGCCCGAAUGUUCUUUUGAAAAAAUUAAAUUCCCAUUUUCUCUAUUUCUAGGUCAUUAUGUUGCAUAUACCCGAAAUGCUUCAACAAAUGAAUGGCUUUAUUGUUCCGAUGAAUGUGUUUAUUCUGUAAGUUUUCAGAAUCCUAGUUUUCUUUUGAUUUUUCAAUCAAAAAUCAAUCAAUAUUUACAGGUGCCUGAAGAAAAAGCAUUGAAUGAAUGUGCUGAAAAAGGAUAUGUUUUUUAUUAUUCCAAAUAUUCGUCAUAA